AUGGCCAUUGCACCUAUCACUGGAACUUUAAGAAGAAAGAUCAUCACCGACAUCAGCAUUGGUUUCGGUGUCGGCUUCGUGUUGGGAGCCGCCUACUGGGAAUUUGAACACAAGCCACUUGUGGCCAAGAGAGACGCUUACUAUGCUCAGUUGAAGGCUCAAAAAGAAGCCGAA